AUGCAAGCAGUGGUGGAGCGGGUGCUCGCGGACAGCGAUCCUCGCGCAGAAGAAGUCCGCGCGCUGAACAUUGACCCGAUUGACUACGAAUACAUUCAGGAAGUCAUUGAUGGUUGCUGCCAGAUACUACAGAAGGUAAUCCAACUGGCUGAGAAUGGGGUAUUACGAUUCUGUCCCGUCCGGAUAUUCCUCCGUAUCACGAGCUCCUCUAUCUUUCUGAUGAAGGCUCUUAGUUUGGGGACACGCCAAUCGACGUUGCGAGAGUCACUGGAUGUUCUUGAACGAAGUAUACAAGCGUUAAGGUCGAAUGCCUUGGAUGAUAUCCAUUUGAGCACUCGCUAUGCUGCGCUGUUAGACAUGCAUGUCGCGCGUUUGCGACGGAACCUACUGGCAUCGUCAAAGACUGUCAAGAGUAACCAGGGAACAGCCUCGAGGCCUUCCAUGGGUGUUUCAUCGAGCACAGAUCACGGUAACAAUACCCCUAUGAUGGAUAUUUCAAUGUCACAGAACAUAUCUGAUAUGGGGUAUAUCCCGUCCCUCAAUGAUAUCGCGGCCGAUGAUUGGCUUUCUUUACCAUUCGAUCCAUCGAUGGCACCAUUUGGUAUCAGUAGUGCAGGACAAUUCCCUGCAUAUGAGGGAGGAGCUUUGAACUUUAUUUGGAAUUUGCCGUCUUGA